GUGACGUCAUAUCUACGCGUCCACUUCUCACAGCAGUCCUUCGUUUCUAAUCUGCAGUUUUCAGUUCGCACGACGGGAUUCUGAACGUUUUGACGAUGAGUAGCGAAAAAUACCCGAGGUCGUCGAUUGAAGAUGACUUCAACUAUGGCACAAAUGUUGCUACUGCCAGUGUCCAGAUACGUAUGGAUUUCCUGCGGAAGGUAUACACCCUGCUGAGCUUGCAGAUCGUUCUGACGACGGCCACCUCUGCCCUUUUUAUGUUCUCUCAAACCAUUAAGGAGUUUGUCCAUGCCAGCCCUGCUGUUGUUUUGGUUUCUGCUCUGGGCUCUCUGGUCCUGCUUCUGGCCUUGGCUGUGUACCGCCACAAGCAUCCAGUCAACCUCUACCUGCUGCUUGUAUUUACUUUACUAGAAGCGGUCUCUGUGGCUACAGCUUUGACUUUCUACGAGUACUCCACCGUGCUCCAAGCCUUGUUCCUGACCUGCGCUGUGUUCGCCGGACUGACCGCCUACACUUUCCAGUCCAAGAGAGAUUUCACCAAACUGGGAGCCGCGCUUUUUUCCUUCUUGUGGAUCCUCCUAAUUGCGAGUGUUAUGAGGGUGUUUCUCAACAGCGACAGCGCCGAGCUGCUGUUCGCCGGCGCCGGGGCGCUCGUCUUCUGCGGCUUCAUCAUCUACGACACCCACCUGUUGAUGAAGCAGCUCUCCCCCGAGGAGCACAUCCUGGCCUCCAUCAACCUCUACCUCGACAUCGUCAACCUCUUCCUUCACAUUUUGCGCAUCCUGGACUCGAUGAAGAAGCACUAGAAAGGCCGGUGGUGUCCAUUUUAAGAGCUUGAAUUGAAUUGAUUGGCUGUUUUUGGUUUAAUACGAUGGGGGGCUGUACUUGCAGUUUCUACUUGACUUUCUCUUUACACUCACCCAAUUUGGCACAGUUGCUGGCAAAAUGCUAUAAAUUAAAUGUACCCGUAAAUCACUUCUGAGGGAAUCAAAAUGCUGUGUCAUGUAUCAUGUAUAACGUAAUCCGUGGAAUGUCGUCUUUGCAUUUGUGCCAGCUUUGAAACAAAAUAUGCUUUAAUGGCUCUUGAUAUCAUUUAAAGGAAAAUUCCGGUGGCUUGGAGUAAUUAUGUAUCCAAUAGGUCAUGUAAAUAUUUACUCUAUCUUGAUAAUGUGAUGUCAAAUCCUCUCUUAUUUAAUAGUGUUUUGAGAAGAUUUUGAUCGACAAUUACGAAUUUCCAGGUGCGCCGCCAUUUUCCGGGUGUCACAUGACCUACAUGUGCAGAUGUUUACGUGACGUUCCAAACGCUCGGUUACAUGGGACACAGACUCCGCGUCGUUCCGCCAGAAGAACCAUCCAAAUAUUCAACGUUAUUCACAGCCACAGGUCCAAAGAAAAUUCGUAAUUGUCGAUUAAAAAUCUUCUCAAAACACUUUUGAAUGUGAGAGAAUUUAACAUCACAUUAUUAAGAUAGAGUGCAUAUUACAUAACCUAUUGGAUAUAUUGUUACUUAAACCACCGGAAUUUUCCCUUAAAUAAGUACUAUCUGUAUAUGUGCAAUUUUCAACGUGAAUGAAUGUGAAUUUAUUGGGAAUUAUUUUUAGGGGGGAGGGUUUUGUGCUUUUUUUUUUUUUUUUUUGUUACUUAAUUUUCCCGUUGUGGGGCAUAUCAAAGAUGAUCUUAAAUGUCAAACCAAACAAACGCACAUUUUUUUUUUAACACAACUACACGUGCAAUUCUGUUCAUCAGAACCUUAACUAAUGGAAUUCUAUCGAAUGUGGUCAAAGAUGACCCAGGCGUUGGCGCAGUUCGGUCGCUUUAUUGCCACGCGCAUUCAUACAAAGAGCUGCGAACCGAGCCAGCAUUUAACUUGGGUUAAAAUGUCACUUUCCCUUUUCAUCCUUACCAAUGUCACGGCUAUCUAUUUUUCACACUCAGAAGUCUUAAAAUAACAUCCAUCCUGUGGCAGAAUUUUUUUUCUCGAAAGUUUACAUGUGAGGUGGAUCAAUGUUCUUCUGCACUAAUCAUAAAACACUGGGUUUACUUUCAAAAUCAAAUGCACCUUAUCUAUCCGUUUUUUUUUUCUCUGCUUUAAGAAUCCCCAUUUUGAUUUUUCAUACUGUAAGGUACUAUUUUUUUUGUGUUUGUAAAUUUCAAUGCUCAAUAAAGUAUUUAAAAAGAAAAGUUCCGUCAC